AAGUGUGGCUCUCAGGUGCGCGGAAUUGCAGUAAAGGAGAGGAGAUGGUGGGGAACCAGGAGGCGUCUGUUACGGACGGUGCUCGGGAGCGGAGGGGCUCGUGGAGAGCUGAGAGUAAGCCGAACCAAGAUGUGCUAGCUCAACCCGGGACUAACGGGCUUCCUAAACACUCGUACUGGCUAGAUGUCUGGCUUUUCCUCCUUUUUGACCUGGUGUUGUUUGUCUUCGUGUACCUCUUGCCCUGACGACUGGUUUGCUGAGAGUCAAGAAUGUGGCGUCUGCAAUGAUUCCUGAAAACGACUCUCCAGACUUCUUGAAUAAAGAGGACUUCCAGGAGCUGAGUUCCAGACCUCUAACCUUUCCUUAUGCCCCUGACCUCCCUAAAGUAGUACCGUGUUUCAAACCUGUUUUUAAUGGUUGAAUUAACAUGAUUGUUGUUAUACAAUAUAUGUAAUAUAUAUUUUAAUAUUAAAACUUGUAA